GCCGAGUCAAGAGUCCGCGCUGUUGCCUGCUUGCGGGAAAUGGAGAAGCCGUAGAGUGGCUGCUGCUUCACAUUGGUUUAACUUAGACGACGACAGACGGCGAGACACUCAGCCUUUGAGUUCAGUGCCGGGAGACCUCAGUUUUGGAGCUUUUUCUUCAGCGCAGAGAAAAAUGAGUUGGGGAACGGACCUGUGGGACCAGUUUGAAAACCUCGACAAGCACACACAAUGGGGCAUCGACUUCCUGGAGCGCUAUGCAAAGUUUGUGAAAGAGCGGCUGGAGAUCGAGCAAACCUAUGCAAAACAGCUGCGGAACCUGGUGAAGAAAUACUGCCCUAAGCGAUCCAAAGACGAUGAGCCCCGGUUCACGUCAUGCCUGUCGUUCUAUGCCAUACUAAAUGAGCUGAAUGACUAUGCGGGUCAGCGAGAGGUCGUUGCUGAGGAGAUGGGUCACAGGGUGUAUGGAGAGCUGAUGAGAUACUCGCAGGACUUGAAGGCAGAGAGAAAACAUCACCUUCAGGAGGGACGGAAAGCCCAGCAGUAUUUGGAACAGUGCUGGAAACAAAUGGACAAUAGCAAGAAAAAGUUUGAGCGAGAGUGCAGAGAAGCCGAGAAGUCCCAGAUAAUCUUUGAGAGGUUAGACAACGACAUCAAUGCCACAAAGUCGGAGGUGGAAAAGGCCAAAGCCCAGCUGUAUUUGAGAACCCACAUGGCAGAUGAGAGUAAGAACGAGUAUGCUGCUCAGCUGCAGAACUUUAAUGCUGAACAGUGGAAGCACUUCAAUGCGGCCAUCCCACAGAUAUUUAAGAACCUACAGGAUAUGGAUGAGCGUCGAACAGUGAAACUGGGGGAGACCUACCGGAGCUUUGCUGAGGUGGAGAGGAAAGUCAUCCCCAUCAUUUCCAAGUGUCUGGAGGGCAUGGUGACUGCUGCCAAAAACGUGGAUGAGCGCAGGGACUCAUCAAUCGUAGUAGAGUCAUUCAAGUCAGGGUUCGAGCCCCCAGGUGACUUCCCCUUCGAGGACUUCAGUCAGAACAUCCAGCGCACAGGAUCGGACGGCACUAUUGGAACCCCUAAAAACGACGGAAGCAAACCUGACCCCAAACACUCUAUUGGAAAAGCCAAGAACAAGCUGUGGCUCUUUGGGAAAAAGCCCAAACUUCCCCCAUCCAUCCCUCCCCCACCCCUCCCUAGUUUCCGUCAUGCCCACUUUCAGUCUCCUAAGUUCCCCACCGAGCGGAUAGUUCAUUGUCUGAAUGAAAUGAGAACGGUAAAGUCCAAGAUCCCAUCUUUCCGGGGUCUAAAGAGAGGGUGGUCAGUGAAGCUGGCCCCAAACCUGGAAGAUCUCAGCCACCUCCCCCCGGAACAGAGACGCAAGAAAUUACAGCAAAGGAUCGACGAGCUCAGUAGAGAACUUCAGAAAGAAAUGGACCAAAGAGAUGCAUUAAACAAAAUGAAGGACGUUUAUGAGAAGAACCCUCAGAUGGGCGACCCUGGGAGUCUCCAGCCAAAGAUCUCAGAGACCAUAUGCAACAUGGAGAAGCUGCGCUCUGAGAUCCAUAAAAAUGAGACAUGGCUGGCAGAAGUUGAGGGGGCUAAGCAGAGUUCUCGCAGUGAACGACGGCCUAGCACAGAUGUAAAUCAUCAUGCUCCUCAUGGCAGAGAAAGUCCUGAGGGCAGCUACACAGACGAUCACAGCCAGGAGCACCGGUCCCCCCCACAGCCCGACCCACACGAGUUUGAUGACGAGUUUGAUGAUGAUGAUCCUCUUCCUGCAAUUGGACAUUGCAAAGCGCUCUAUUCUUUUGAUGGCUCUAACGAGGGCACGUUGGUGAUGAAGGAGGAUGAGGUGCUGUACGUUAUAGAGGAGGAUAAAGGAGACGGCUGGACGCGAGUCCGUAAGCAGAGUGGAGAGGAGGGCUAUGUGCCCACAUCCUAUGUGGAGAUCACACUGGAGAAACACAGCAAAGGUGCGGUCACCUACAUUUGAUCACCCACGGCAUGGUGGCCUGUAAAGACAUCAGGAAUGGGAACAUGUGCAUGCCAGAAUUGACUCUUUGUGUUGGCAGCACGACUCCCUGAAUCAUACUCUGUUCACUGUGUGAGCCCUGGACAAACACAUAUGUACACACACCCAUUCUUCCUGAAGUGACCAGGACAACUUUUAGUGUACUAUGACUGUAUGGUAAAGUAUUCUUCCUAGUUGGGAAGGCUUUUCCACAGUGAUAGAUUAGCUCCCUCUUAAAAAUGAACCGUUAUUGACCUUUUAUUGAUUUUACUAGGUGUCAAGCGCACUGUUCUUAAUUUGUUCCAUUUUGUUUCUGCAUGGAAAAUUUUGAGCAAAGUUAAUUGAUUGAAUAGUGAUUUCUUAAUUUUCUUUCAUUUUGAUUAUCCAUCAUUUUGCCAUGACCUCUCGGUCAGCAUUGCUAACACUACGUACUGCAAUCAGCUGCUCUGCAACUUGUUUUUUCCCAUAGUUUUUCUCCAGUAAUGCAAGAGGAUAAAAGACUUAAGUACUGGUAAUGUUUAUCAACCAUUGUUAAUAAAUGUUAGUCUCAUUUCGGUAAAUCUGUUCAGCAGGGACCUUUCUGUACAGAAUUGUUGAUUCAAAAGCUGCAUUUCAGAAGAUCUCCCAUAAGUGGCAGUGUUGCAUGACAAGUUUUUCCACGAUGCCAUCUUAGCCUUGUACUGCAGAGGUCAGAAAUCACUGAGAAUAGUUCAAGAGGCUUGGUUAAUUAAGUGAAGAGGUUUUGAGAUGGUCAUAUAAACUUGGUGUUUUUUGCAGCCUAUACAGCUUUUACGUACACCAGCUUGAGUGUCCUGAGUCCUGAACAAGCAAGGUUGCCUAUGGUUAUCAGGUGCAUAUGUACAGCCCCCAUUUUUGGCACUAGUGUAGAUUUAAAUAAGAUGAUGAAACAUAUAUCUUAUUAUUUUAUAUCUUCAAGUCGUUUUAUCAUGGCUUACAGGAUCUCCACAAUGAUUGUCUUAAUCCUGACCUCUUGUCAUCGGCCAGCGCCUCUCUAGUGUUGGUCUGUGUGAGUGACUGUACUCUCUCCUCUUUCUGUGGCUACAGGUUCCUGAGUGGAAGAGUGGGGCUCUGUGGUGUUGGUGGAGGGGACAUGCUGCUCUGGGUCUAUUAAUAGGUAGUUCAGGGGGUUUCAGACUGAAAUAGACAGAAAGAGUGAGGGUGAAAAACGUAGGAAAUGAGGACAGGAUGCAUGUCUUGCAUGCUGACACUGUCAUUGCCAUUAACAUCAUUCCAUUGCAGCAGAGGCUUGUGGUUUAGGUGUGGGGAGUAUAAUGCGAGGAAUCAGACGCAUGAAAGGAGAAUAAAACCCAAAGCUUGUUUGAUGCAUUGAUCUAAAAGUGUGCCUGGCACUAACAUUCCAUCCUGUUGAAGUCCAUUCCAGCGCCGUCAUGGAAACAUAUAUUUUUGCCUGCACCAUCUCACUUAACAUGCAUGAUCUAAACUCAUUACUUCCUUCCUCAGGGCUGACCAGUCAGCCCCUACUAGGACAAAACCACUUCAGCCUGUUAACUUCUAAACUCUUGUCACCCUACUUAUGAUGUCUUGUCUUGUUUGUGUCCAUUGAGUAUUUUUUUCACAUUUCGACUACAUUCCCUGAUGCAUCCAAGAGUCAUUGUCAUGCCUCCGUGUUCCGCCACCAAAGCAUGAACAAACCAGGGUAGAAGCAGGGUGGGACCACAGUAGCCACGCCAAAAGUCCCCAACACGAAAACCAAGUGGCUGCCUGUACUGUGGAUCACUGCAGCCUGGUGCAGUACUGACUCAGACCAGCAGGGGGGCCCGCAUCACCAUACACAGGCGGACCAAAAGCUGGACCUGUGAUGACCCUCAGAAAUUCACUCAGCAUUCCAGCCAUCCACUUCCUUACAGCCUAUAGAAACCCGUCACUCUGUUCACGAUUUCACAUGUGCUUGAAGAACACGCGAGAGCCUCAUAAUGGGGCUCCGAAAUGUCCAUCUUUCAGUGCGUAUGUUUGUGAAUGUGAUUUCAUACAUAUAUGAAAACAAUGUGUAUGCAUAUGGAUAUAUGUAUACAUGUGUAUAUACCUAGUUAGUUUUUAUUACUGAAUUGUAAGUAUUAACAACUUUUAUUUCAUACUGAAUGUGUUUUUAUCGUGUCUUUUUAUAGGGUUUUUAACUGCGUGAAUGACUUUGCUUCGCUUUUAAAGAAUCGUGCCGUUAUCUGUUUGUAAUCAUCGCUUUUUGUGUCUGAACAAUACUCUAUUGGACCCUGGUCUUAACCAAUGCACUUUUUUACCCUAUUGCAUUUGAAUUUGAACUUCAGUGAGUAAAUGAAUGACUGAGUGAAUGAGUGAAUGGUGUUGGCGCUGACUGCUAUCUUUGUAUAAUUAUAUUGUACAGUAAGACAGUGGUGACCACUAUGUUCUGGGUUGUGUUUGAUCAAGAGCAAACGAGAAAUAAAUACUAAAGUCUGUUUGUCCCAA